AUGUAUCCUUAUUUUGUAGAAAAGUCUGAUCAAGCUCAAGAUGCUUUUCAACAAUGUCGUUCACUUUUGGAACAUGAAUUAAAACAUUCGAAAGAAGUACAUAGAGAAACAAUUGCAGAAGAAAUCGAAAAAUAUUUAGAUACACUCGAUCAAAUUGAAGAUGCAUUUAAAUUAGUACAAAAUCUUGGCGAAGGAUUGACAUUUACUUUUAAUAAAGGACCCUUAAUACAAGGAAUGGAACGUGGAGAUUGGAUUCUAUUAGAUAAUAUUAAUUGUGCACGCGGAGAUGUUAUCGAACGUUUAAAUUCUUUAGCUGAAGCGGAUCCAACAUUAACUUUAUAUGAAUCCGCUGAAGCACAAGAAUAUAGUCGUAAAAAUGGAAUACAUAAAGAUUUUCGAUUGUUUGUUAUCGCUAAUAACAAUCGAAAAAUGGCGAAUAAAUUAUCAAGUGCUUGGAAAAAUCGAUGUUUGAUUAUUCGAAUGCAACCAUUAGAUGAUGCGUUGGCCUUUGAUAAUAUUACUCAACACGAUUUAGCUGAUAUCAUUAAAGGAGAAUUGCAAGGCAUUAACGGCGGACAAGAACUAGCGCAUACAUUGUUACGAACGCAUGCAUCAGCAAAAAAGUUGUCAAAUGAAAAAGAAUUACAAUUUAUCACAUCUUAUCAACUAUCCUAUCAAAAUAUUAAACGUUCAGCACGUAUAUUGCGAACAUAUGUUUCGAAUAAGCAUGAUCCAGUAUUUGCUUUAAAACCAGCUAUCUUUCGAAGUUAUCUUGAUCCUAUAUUGAAUGUUGGUGGUAAAGCUUCUCUAAUUAAAGCAUUGGCUCAGCAUUUAUUGGAUCCUGAAUUAAAUAAGACAUCUUUUACUACUCUACCAAUGCUGGCAAUGGAAGAUCGACAACAACAAAUGGCUUGGUAUGUUCCAGCACAAAACCUUCAUGAGUUGAUUGCAACUAUUGAAGAGUGUACAAUUGAUCUUCAUCUGAGAAUAAUCAAUAAUAACAUGUAUGAGGACAUAUGUAAAAAACAAGAAUUUAUUGAUUAUGGCGUAAAUUUACUGGAUUAUCUUCAACCAUUAGUUAAAGCUAAGCAAGAAAAUGAAUCAGAUGAUGGACUUUAUUCACAAGCAUCAGUGAUUCGGUCAAAAAUUUUGGUAGAUGAUGCACAACAAUCAAUAGCAUUCGGUUCUGAUUUUAAAAAAUGGUUAUCAAAAACAUAUCAGUAUUUAUGUUCGAACCAAAUCAUACUUGCAUUAGAAAAUAUUGAGGAUUCAUUAAAUUUAUUAGAUGUAACUAUACAAGAAUGUUACAAACGAAUUCUUGAAUUCGCUCAAGAAACGUCAUUUAUCGAUGCACAACAUCGUCUUACAGAGUUACAACAAAUCAAUAAUACAAUUCAUCAACUUUCAUCAUUAUCAAGAAAAUUGCAACUUGUUUGCAAAUUAUCACAUUCAUCAAAUACACUCAAAUGGUGUACUCAGAUUCAAGAGCAUCUUAACACACUUUUAAUUACUGAAACAUAUAUGAAAUGGGUAGCUUUUCCAUGUCAACCAAUGGCAAAGAACGAUUUACAUAUUGUUUCCCAAACACAAGAAUCAAUUCGUCAACGUAAUCAAAUAAAUGCUGAUGAUGAUGAGAAUGAAUCGAAUUCAGCUUUAAAAUUAAUAAAUGUUCAUCUACAAAAAGUACAAUCAGUUCCUAUUAUUUCUUCAGCUGAUCAACGAUUAGAUAUUAUGUUGAAAUUAUAUCAAUAUUUAUCCGUUAUGGAAGAUGACAGAUAUAUUUUAUUAGCUGCUUCGAAAUUAGAAUUAAAUGUUGCAUGUAAACUUACUAUGAAUUUUAUGAUUAAACCGCAAUUCAUUGAAAAGAUGGAUGAACAACAAACGUUAUUAAAUUCUUCGAAUUUACUUGCUAGUUUAAGUUGUUUAUAUUUUAUUCAUACGAUUCUUCAUGAUAUCUACACUGAACUAGUAUCAUGCCAUGGUCAACUCGAUAAAAUCAGCCAUCAAUAUGAUUCGGAACAAGCAAAAUUAGCCGAUAAUGUGAGUGAUAUCGAUUAUGAAAUUGAAAAUAUUUGUGUAAGACGAAAACGACUAUUCGAGCCCGGAUCAAGUGAAGAAACAAUUAAUGUCGACGAAGAAUUAACUAAGCUUCACGAUGAAGAAAAUAAAUUAAAAGAUAAAAAAGCAAGACAUGCGACAGCAUUGAAAGGGAUUGAAUGUAUAAAUGAAAAUGUAUAUACUUUAUUUUUACCGUUACGAGAAAGUUUAAAAAAAUACCAAGACAACGGAUGGCUACAAACGAUACGUGAAUAUGGUCGACGUCGACAAGAAAAUAGUAUUACUGAAUUACUUGAAAGUAUAUCACGAAUUUAUAUAAAAGAAUAUGAUUUAAAUCAAACUUAUUCAUCUUCGAAUAAAAUUGAUGAAGAACAUAAACAAUUAAAAUCUGAUGUUCUGCGACAAUUUGCUUUUAAUCAGAUAAAUUUCGAUGAUAUAAACACAUCACAUGGACGUUCGAGUCUGACUAUCAUGCAACUUAUUUAUCCAAAUUUAUUUCAACAAAACAUGUUAAUAUAUAUUUUAAAAGAAGAUAAACUAACAUCAAUAAUCAAUAAAUGUUUGGAAACAGAAACUAAAAUAGAUAUUCUUAUCAAUGCACAGUUAACAAAUGUUUUACUUGUUGACAAACGUAAAUAUAAUCGAUAUUCUACAAAUGAAACUGGAGUGGCUCGUUUAGAGGAGCAACUCAUUCUUCGACAUUUUGCAAUCGAUUAUGGAAGUGAUAAAACACCACUUGAUGAUAUUUUUAUUCAAUUUGCUGAUCGUUUUAUUACCGAAGUAAAGCAACGAUCUAUGAAUACUGUUAUAGAUACUCAAAGAAAAAUCAUUCAAAUUGAAACUGAUCCCACUAUGUUUCAUUUCGCUUUACCAUGUCUACUUGAAACAAUAUUUCAACAUCGAAAUAUCAAUGACAGUGAUAAUUUAAUAAUCGAACCAAAUCAUAUUGAAAAAUUGAAUCGCGACAUUCAAGGAUGGAUACAAGAACAACGAUUAGCAGGUACAAUUCGAGCUGAACAACAAAUCUACGAGAAUCAAGUUGAAAAUGAUAUUCAUAAAGAUAUAUCAUUUUUCUUAAAUAUUAUUGAACAAUCAGAAAUUAUUGGAAAACAAACAUUAGCAUCACCAGGCAUUAAUAUUCGAGAACUUUUUAGAACCGUUACUAAAGCAAGAACAACUCUCACAAAACCAAUUAUUGAUAAAAUUGAGAAAAAAUUAGAUGAAACUUUGCUCACAUGUGUACCUAAAGAACCAAUUGCUAAAGCACGAACAUUGGCUAUUGUUGAACGAAAACAAUUCCGUUAUCCAGUUUUAAAUCUUUUGAAAUCACACCUUUCGGAUUCUGAAACAAAAUUUCAUGCAUUUAUUUCAACAUUUAUCGAUCGUAUACAUAUGAUACAAGCAAAAUUAUUACAAAUCCUUUUAAUGCAUCGAUUAAAUACGAAUGAAAUCGAUCUUUAUAAAAAAUCACAUCAAAUAUCAAAAUUAUUAAUUUCAAUCGUUGAAUUUGUCAUGAAUAAUAUUGAUGCAUAUGGACUUACAAUAUCAGUUGAAAAUUUCUAUGAAAAUAUUAAAUCAUUCGAAGAUAAAAUUCUUAAACAAGUAGCACAUGCACAGUUUAAAACAGAAGAAGAAUUAACAGUAGAACAUACUGCAAACUUUAAACUAUUUACUAGAAUUGAACUAGAAAAUGCUAUUCAACAUGUUGCAACAGAUCCGACUGGAAAUAGCAAUGUUAUAACGGAUCCAGCAAAAAUUGAUCAGCCAGGAACAAGAUUAGUUAAAAAGAAUGCAGAAGAAACUAUGCUUGAACGUCAAAAUGAUGAAUUAUCGAAACUUGAAACUGAAUUAGAACAAUUAAAACAAUUGGCUAAACAGAAUGGUCUAUCGAGAAUACAAUAUGCAAUUGUUAUGUUACUCAUGGAACUGAACGAAAUAAAACGUAAUAAAACUGUAUUGCAUGAAGUAAGUUUAUUGAAAUGGCGAGGUUAUCCAAAACAAUUACAACGUCGAAUUGCAGGUGAAUCUAUUGAACAUAAAAAAACAGAUAUUUUCAAUAUAAAACGAGUAAAAUAUGAAAAAUCAAUGGAGAUCACGCCGGAGAUGCUUGAGAAAACCAUAAGACAUCCAAGUCAAACCGAGUAUCGAUUUUCAGACGAUGAUCGACGUCAUCUUUUGGAUUUAGUAAAAUCUUUAACUGAUGAAAAAUGUUCGGAGAAAGAAUCGGCAUUAGAAUUUCUAACUGAUUAUUUUCAUCAGCAAACAUUUGAAUCAAUGUGGGCAAAUGUUGAAAAAUUGAUCUAUGAGUUUUGUCUACCAGCCGAACAAAAUUUAUCUGCUCAAUCGAUUAUUGAUAAUUUAAAAAAUUUAAUGGCCAUAUUUAUCUUUCUUGAUUCGACCUCAUUAGCCGAAAUAUGUAAAGAAUUAUUACAAUUUUGUCAAGAGCAUGCACAUGAUCAAACUGAACGAUUUCAUUUGCCAGCACCCAAAUUAGAACUACUUCGAGCAAAAACAUUGGAGAAUGCUAUUCAACAACGAUCAGCACAAUUACAAAAAUUAAAUCCAUGCGAUAAAUCAAAACUUGUAUUGAUUUCAUCAGAUGAUCAUGACAAUCAAACAUAUGAAUUGAUACAUAUUUAUCCACGUCUUAUUCGAUUGUAUGAGCAACAUAAAACUCUAGCACAAAUCUUGCAUGAUCAAUCAAAUUAUAAUCAAUCGAUAGGUAUUCAAUUAUCUUAUCUUCGAUUAUCCGAUUGUAUUGCUCUCCUAUUUCCUGAAUUACCCAUACUAUUCAUGAAUUCACUUCAAUUAGAUAAGUUUGAUUUUCAAAAUGUUCAUCACUUGGAAACUUAUUUGUGUAGCAAUGAAUUUCGAACAUCGACUAAAGAAUUGUACGCAAAACGAUUCAUAUUAGAAAGCAAGACAGGUGAAUCUAUAUCGUUACUCUCCAGCAGUGCUGAAACAGCCAGUCAAGCACUCGUAGAAUCUAUGAAGAGUGUUGUUCAAAUAAUGGCAACAGCUGCAAGAAUCGAAGAUAUACGUAAGCAUUGGUUUUAUCAACUAUUCGAAAGCAACGAAUAUCAUUCAUUUUUUGCAUGUGAAAUACAAUCAUUCUUGAGUAAUUUAUUCGAUGAGAUGAAAGAUAAUCUAUCUAGAUUCAAAGAUAAAUUAAACAAUACUGGGACUACCAUGGCUACAAACUAUUUGAAAUUUUCCGAUUUAAUUGUGUCUCACUACGGACAAGAUCUUAAUAGAUGUAGAUCUAGAAAAGUAGCAGCUGAAAAAAUACUCGAGGGAUUAUCAUCUAACAGUAAUAGACGAGAAGAAUUGGAAAGCAAUGCUGAAGCGGCUAGACAUGAAUGCAACCAAGUUGAACGAGACUAUCAAAUUCAAUUGAAUGCUGUAGCCAACGAACAAAUACGUCAAUUAUUAGAAAUAAAUCGGAAAUUACAAGUCAAAGGAAAUUAUUUACCAUUAGAAAUAAUUGAAAAAAUCGAAAAUCGAAAACGUGAAGGAACGGAAUCUCAAGAAAUACGACACGUUUACACAUCCAGUGAAUUUUAUGCAUAUUUAUUUCAGUUGAAAAUAGCUUUACUAAAAUUUGAAAAACCACAAUUUGAACAAGUAAAAUCUCGUGUUCAAGUAUUUAUUAAACAACUCACUCGAGAACUGACACAAUAUUAUGAUGAUUAUCAAAAAGCUCUUUUAUGGCUUCAAUCAGACAACAGUUUAUAUAAAAUAUUUCAUAAUUGUCUUCUUACUUACAAAUUAAUACAUACUCAAUUAUUAAAUUCCAUACAAAAUUGGCUACAUGAUGUCAACAGUCAACGUAAUUUAUACAUACAACAAAUGGACACUAUGAUAAAUCAAACAAAUACACUCAUUUUUGAGUCACUAGAUAUUAUCGAACCGAUUAUUAAUGCAACACAUAUCACAUUAAUUUCUACAAAUAUGGAAAUAGUUCAUCAAACAGUACAAAAACUUAGUCGAACUGCUUUUCACAUUGAUAAGUUUGCUAAUACUGCACGUGUGGUUUAUUCAUCAAAGGUACUCUCGAUUUUAUUACAAUAUUGUGCUAGUCUAUAUGCACGUAUCGCAAUUUUUCUUGUUCAAUUAUUUAAAACUAAACAAAUAAACCCAUUAAUAUUUGCACAAUUGAAAACAAUGCAAAUUAAAAUCGAUGAUCAUUCAUACGAAUGGGAUGAUCAUAUGAAAGGAUUAAUAAUUCUUAGUGGAUAUCGUGAACGUUCAGAUUUGCCAGGUACAGCUUUUCCUGCUGAUGAGUAUUCAUUGAAGGAAACUCAUAAAUCUCUAUCGUUUGAUUUUCCAAUCUUACAGCAUAGUUUGAAACUUCGAUAUACACAUGCAUUCAGUGAAAUAUGUUACAAUCCAGCAGCCAUGAUCAAUAAUAUAGAACGGAAAAUGAGAGAUCUUCUACAAAUUGGUGAUUGGAAUGAUGGUGGGCGUGUCACAGAACCAACAUCGAAGACAUAUCCAUUGGUACAAGUUAGUUAUAAUUUAAAUGUUCUCGCUAACAAUACUCAAUGUUUAAUAUUAAAAAUUCUUGAAAAUCCUACAGAUACAUUGGAACAUGAAACAGUAAAAAAUUUACAACCAUUUCUUGAAAAUUUAACACGUGCUAUUCAUUUAUCAUGUUCAUUAUCAUUGGACACAAUGCAUACCGAGUUCCUAAAUUAUAUUCAUAAAGAUCAUUUAGAUCUAUUAUUAGAACAAGGGCUUCAAUUUAUCAAAUUCUUAUUUGAUGAACGAAAGAAACUAAUCGAACCAUUAAGUUAUAUAGGACCUGUAUUAGAAAGUUUUGUGGAUCAAUUCAUUUUAUGCUUUGUUCAAUUACUUCACCAACAGCAACAAAAACAAAUAGAUCUCUUACAGCAAGAAUAUAGUAAUACUAUAAAAACUCGUGUAAAUUUUGAAGAUAUUCAUUUACUUGAAACAUUAUCUAAAGCAAAUUUAAUUCGUCUAUUUCGACAUAUUGAAAAUAUCGAUGAACAAAUUGAUUGGUACAACCAAUUAGCACAAUUUCUUAUCCAAGGUUGGUUACAAGCGUCAAAGAUCCUUCGUGCAUUUGCUGCACCGUCCAAUGGGGACCAUGAUUCAACAUCAAAAAGAUUACGUUAUUCAUUUGUUUUCAAAUUAUUAAAUGAUGAAGGAGAACAAAUAUUUAUAUUUUUAAAGCAAACAAUUGGCCAAUUGAAAGAGAAAUACCUAAGAAUAGAAAUGCUAAAUGAUGAACCUGUGAUUGUUUAUCUUAUUCGAUUGACUAGAUUGCUUCGUUAUGAAUUAUUACGAAUGUCGACAAUAAAUUUAAAAGAUCUAAAAACUGAAUUGAGUAAAACAGUUCGUAACGUUUCGUUGCCAAAUUUAUCGCAAAGUCAAUUAAUAACUGAGACUUGGAAUAAGGAGAUUAAUCUCUUAUUAUUACAACGGAAAAAAAUCAAUGAAUCGUUGAUGAAACAAUUACUCGAUCGAUACUGGAGCAGAGUGCGAACAAUUCAAGAAGAAAAUAAACGUUCACAGGAUGAGUAUGAUUUACAAUGUCGACAAGUUCAGGAAAAAAUUCAGCAUACAAAACAACUCACAUUUGAUAUAUUUAAUGGAGUCAAACUCAUUGGACAACUCUUACAUGAAUCAAAGUUUAAAACAAAUAAAUUUGAGAUUGAAAAUGCUGAGACAAUACUUGGUGAUACUAUACAAGUUGUAAGACAAUUACUUAGAAUUCAACAAUUAAUUCCAAACCAAUGUCGAUUAGACAAUGACAGAGAAGGCAAAGAAUUAAUGAAUAUGAUUCGCAUAGAAUCAAUUCGUAUUGAAGUUAAAGAAGUAGAAUAUAUAGAUAAUACACCUCCACAUACAAAAGGAACACUUCCAAACGACUGGGACAGUCUAGUUCGACUUGUUCAAGAAGAGCAUGAUGAAAUAAUAAUUCCAGGCGUGCCGAAGUCACUGGAUCACACAUUUCGCUCAAAAACUGUGAAGAAUUUAUUUUCAUAUACAAUACUUAUACCAUCCGAUGAUAGUUCUGGUACACCACCGAAACCUUGGAUCUUAGAACUAUUUGCCGGUAAAGCCAGUAGUGAUAAAUUUACGAGGAUGGCUCGUAUACCUCUGGAUCUUCUCAAAUCUCCAUUCUACGAUGUGAAAAAAGAAACACACGAAUUCGGAUAUCACAGGAAAAGUAGAAUUAAUUUACAUUUCACGCCAAAUAUCAAUAUCAGUAUCUUUGGAAUACCUGCCGAACAUAUUUUAAAAAUGACAAUUGGAUCAGUCACUACAACUGAAGAAACAGAAACAGUUGUAAGCGGAGAUCCAUUUCUUGCUUUACGAAUACAAUAUCAAGAAUUCACUUCUUUUGAACGAAAAAUAGGCCUUGAAAAAUGGUUAGAGGAUCUCAGAAUUAAAUGUGCAGAGAUCGAAUCUAAAAAAUCAAAUGAAUACGACAUGCCACGAGAGCCCUCUCUCAAAGAUAUACCUCCUGAAGCAGUAAAAGAUGAUGUACCAGCAGCUGCAAUGAGAGUAGAUACUCAAAAAUUGGAUGUAACAAUACCACCUACACAUCAUCAUCUAAUGACUCAACUUCCAUCGAAACACGAACAAUUAAAGACAAUAAUUACUCAAGCAAUAGAUAUGCUGAAUAGUAGUAUUAAUGAUAAUGAACUCGAUAAAAUUGAACACGGUAUCGUCCGAAGAUUUGAUUCAGCUGAUGAUUUAAAACAAGGAAUAAAUAUCUUCAAAGAGACUUUUCGUUUCGAUAAAUUAGCAGCCACUCUUUUGGACCUACAUAAUACAUCGAUAAAAAUACAAAAAAGUCUCCAAUCUGGUCAAGAAUUUCAACAAACAUUAAACAGAAUACUUGAUGAUUUAAAACUGAAGGGUUUUCGUGUACAAUUGUCCGACCAUGAAGGUGCGAUAUACAAAGAAGCAAUCGAUAAACUCUAUACAAAUCAAAUGAAUACAUUACUUAGUGAUGGAAGUUCAUUAGCUCAAAAAGAAUUGACCUUCGGUAUGCUUAUAUACCGUUUUUUGAUAUCAGCUGAAUUGAAUUUCAUCCAACUGAUUGUUUACUCACUCGAAACAAAAGAACAUUUUGAACAAGCUCAUAAUCAAAUUGAAGCAAUAAAACAGUAUUGGCUUCAAAAAGAUCAACAGAUAUUAAUCGGUGAGAAACAACUUGAUGCAUGUCGACGAAUUAUUGAAGAAACUAUUACUCAAAUGCAUGAACGAAAGAAACAAAUCCGUUCAACACAUCAACAAGCACAACGUAUAACGAAUCUAACUGAAAUCAGCAAAGCAGUUAAUGUUAAGGCACUCGUAAAGUCGACUGGUUCACCAUCAAAUAAUAAAAUAACAAUACAUAAGCAGGAUGGUGAAUAUUUUCUAUCACAGUCAUCAAUAAUCAUACAAUUUGAGCAAAUUAUUCAAAAUUGGUCUUAUGCACAACUCAAAACAAAAACACUUGAAAUCAUCAAUAAUACUGAUGAUGAAAUUGAUUUUGAAAUAUUAUCUAUAUCACAAGAACGUUCUCUGUCGGUAUUUACUAUAAAUCAUUCAUUAUCAGUUAUUGAACCACAUGAUUCGAAUAACCUCAACAUAAUUCCUAAUAGUGAAGUGAAUGAAGGAAAAUAUCGAGAAGAAUGGCAAUUGAAAUUAGCAAAUAAACGAUUAUGUAUUGUGGUAAAACUUUGUUGUGAAGUAAAAGAAUUUUAUGUUGAUAUUGAUUUACCAUUAAUGGAAACAAAAAAUGAGGAUCACUCCCCAAAUCAAAUAGAAACAUUUGAAAUUAAUUUCGGUACAGUUAUUGCAUGCCCUCGUUCGCAAAAGUCGCAUCAAUUUACAAUUGAAAAUCCAAUGUCACUUGAUCUUCGAGUUAAACUACGCCGAGAAAAUGGUGCAACUGGUAAAUUUGAUAUUGAUAGUAAACAAAUGAACUUUUUCCUAUUUGCUUAUGAAUCAAAAGUUUUAACUAUCGAUUGGCAUAUUCAAGAUGCAAUUCAAGAUUCUAAAUGUAUCUAUGAAAUCUACUUUAGUAAAGAUUUCAAAUAUCGAAUUAUUUGUUUGGAAAAACAAUAUCGUACUGAUUUACCGCCAUGUCUUCCUAAUACAACUAUUUACGAAGAAUUGAUAAUACGCAACACGGGCGAAGUCAAAAUGACUAUGAAAUCGAAAACAGAAAAUAUGCCAACAGGUGCAGUUAUUACUAGUUUAUCACAGAAUCAUACCGCUCUAGAACCAAAUGCAUCUAUUACAUUAAAAAUGGAAUUACAAGUGAAUAAAGCACACUCGACUCUGGACAACAUUAUUAAUCUAGUGUUUCCUGAUGCAACCCAACGACCAUCGUUUAAAUUAAUAUUGAAAACAUCAGCUGGGUGGCCAGAAUUAGAUAAAGAAUUAUUAAAACCUUGGAAAACAUUGGAAGUAAAAGAAGAUAUGAAUGAAAAAGAAGGUCAAAUCGUUCUAUUCAAUAUAGGUCUAGUUGAAAUGUUAAUCGAUGAAUUACAUUCAACAUCUUCCCAUAUUUCAAUCGAUGAUUCUAAUCCGUAUCCCCGUUCGAUAUUACCUCGUCAAAAGAUCGAAUAUCAUUUUAUUUACAAAGUUCAAAAGAAAUUAGCUUCAUUUGAUUGUGAAUUUGUACUUAAAACGAAUUGUAAAGAAGAAAUUCAACGUAUUCCAUUUCAUUGUAAACGUUUGGCACCUGUUAUCACUAUUGAUCAAAAUAUUCUGCAUUGUGGUACAACAACAUCACUUACAAGACUUCCACCAUUCACAAUAAUAAUAAUAAAUGAUGGAUAUUUACGUGCUCAGUUGGAAUGCGAGUCUUAUGAUGAUGAAGUAAUUUCUUUCAAAAUCAGUAGUAAUGACAAAAGCGUUGCCAUACCGCCGACUAAUUCGAUACUGAUUAAAUGUAUUGUAGAGAUUAAAAAAAAUGCACCAUUAGGGGAUUUCAAGAUAGAUGUGCCACUAACAAUUCGAUCGGCAACAGGUAUUUUAAAGAAAUACAAACUGAUAGUUACUGGUCGAGUCAAAUCAAAAGAUGAAUUGAAGGGAUCACCUUCACCAAUUGAUCUUCCACCAUCAUCACAACAAAUUUCACAGUCAACAACUGGACAACGACUGAUGAAAUUACUUGAAGAUGAUAGUAAUUCAUAUCGACAACGUGCAACAACUGCUAUUGCUCCAAUCAUUACUCAACUAGAUGAAUUAACACAUCACGAACCUAAACGUUCCGACAUUCCAGAAAAUUUAGCAUGCGACCAAAUUUUAUCGAGUCUUGAAUCCGAUGAGCAUGAAAUAUCCUCAUAUACAAAUGCGAUUCAGGAAAGUGUUAAACAAACAUUUGAUUCAUUUUCACGAAAACACUUGAGUGAAUUAUACAAAAAUAUCGACACAAUAUUAAAUGAACAGCUAGCACCGGCCAUGAUUGGUUCACCACAUAAGAGUGAUUCAGAAAAUAUGUUAUUACCUCUGGAAUGUGCUGAAAAAUUAUCGGUCCUUUUUGAAGAACAAUCACGAAAUAGUAGUGAACAAAUUUUAGGACGUUUAUUAGAAUACGAAAAACAUUCUUUCGAAAAAAAUAACAACGAUCACACAGCUAAAAAACGCCUACUCGACUAUACGACAGAAUUGAUUAUGAAUCAAAAUAAAAAAUUGAAAAGUAAAGAGAAACAAUCAAUCAGAAUGUUAACUGAUAAAGUCGCCGGCACUGUACAAAAUAUCGAGGAAAACGGUCAUACUGAACAAGCAUUCAGUAAUUUUUUACCUGAAAUGACAACUGAAACAAAUCAUAAUUCACUAGAUUUUCUCGAUCAAAUCUUGCAAUUGGCAUCGAAUGAAAAACCAGUUAAUGAAAAGAUUAUUUUACAAAAAUUAUACGAAUCAUGCGUAUUGUUAGCUGAUACUGAACUUGUUACACAAGCAAUUUCAGCUUCAGAAAAUUCACUCUCAGUUAGUUCGCUGUUUGAUUUUCUUCAAACAAAUGUAGGUGAUUCCGAUGAAACAAAGAAUGCUGUUGAACUUAUGAAAUUAAGUGAGAAAUUUUCGCACGAUGAUUAUCAACCAUCAGUGAAAGACAUAACGACAUUACCAUACGUUGUUGCUUCGUUAUCAUCAGAGUUAGAUUCGAAAGAACGAGAAACUAUUCGUGGUUUUCAACGUCUUAUUUCAAAUUUAACAAAUGGAGUCAAAAAACUAGCAGAUCGUAGUUGUGAUUGGUCUAAAUUUAUUGAAGACCUAUGUGCAACACUCAACCUACAUCUUGAUUCAACAAUUGUUGAUUCAUUAAGAACUGUUCUAACUAUCGUUCUAUUAAUAGAUCGAACAUCUAUUUGUAACAAUCAAACUUAUAUUAAUAUCAUUUCAGCAAUGUUAAAUUUUGGUAAUGAUCGUUGUCGAACUUUAUCAUUGGACUUGAAAAAAUUGAACGAACAAAAAGAUCCAUUUGAUCUUUUCGAAACAACAUUAUCAAUCACAUAUAAUUGUCGUCGAUUGAAAUCAACACAAACUACAUGGAUCAAGAUUAUUCGAGAAAAAUUAGCAACAUCUCGCUCAGGACGUCUUUCGUCAACUUCAGCUGCCACAUUUCUUACGACACUUGAACAGUCUUUUCUAGAAGAGUUGAAACUAACUGAACAUAAGAAACUACAUAAUAAUCUAACAGCUAUAUUAUCCGACGUUCAAAAAAGUAAUAUUCUUGGAAUAAUGCAAAAUGUUUCUGAACUAUGCGAUUUAAUGCAUCCUGAAGAUACCGAACAAAAAGCGAACAGUGCAUUCAUACAAAUCAUGUCGAAUAUUGGUACAGUGACAAUGACACAAUUAGAAGUAUUAGAAUUAGGUAUUCAGUUAACUAGACGUGUGAAUGACGGUAUCGAUGGACGUACGACUCUUAAUCAUCUUAAUACAUUAUUAGAAUCUUAUCAAAAUUUAAUACUAAUGAUGAAUGGUGAAUUAACUCGAUCAAAUAUGUCAACAUUAAUUGAACAAACCAUCGAAUGUAUUCCUGAUGAAACUGCAAAACAAGUUUUACGACCAAUUUCAAAUGUAUUAAACAGAUUGAAUACUACUAAAAAUGUAACUAUGGGCACUGUUGUUGAACUUCUUGAUAUUAUACCAGAUCAACAUUUAUCGGAACAUGUUAAAUGUAUCUUUUUAACGGCACCAGAGAUACUUAAUGGUAAUAUCAAACAAUCCGUGAUGGAAUUAGCACAGCAAAUAAUCAGUGAAGAAUUAUCAGAUGUCAGUGAAAUUAGUCUAAACAAAAUAAUUGAUCAAGGCAUGUCUGAACCGGCAAAAGCGCUAAAAUCCAUUUCAGCUCUACUUCCUGACGGACUUCGACUUGGAUUUAAUUUUGGUAUUGAACAAAUGUCAUCAUCAAAAAUAUCACAAGAGCAAAUAAUUAAGAAAGUGUCUGAAUUAUACGAUCGAGAAACAGCAAAUACUUUAAAAGUCGCCUUUGAUGCUUUGGCCUCAUUGAAAACAGACAAAUUACAAGCCUUGAAACACCUAUUAAAAUUAGUACCAAAUGAACGUGCACACACAAUUUUUGAUACUCUCGAACAUAUCAAUGAAUUAGAAACAUGUGGCAUAACAGAUGUUGUUAAAACAACAUUAGAAUUGGCAUCUAUCAUAGCACCAAAAAAGAUGUCUGAAACAUUUGAAACUGUCGGUAAUGUUUAUGCGAAAAUAGCCAAUCAUCAAGAAAUUGAUGCUGUUAAAGAUGCACUUCAACUCAUUCCAUUUGUUCCAGAACAAGCUCAUAAUGUAAUAGAAUCAUUAACAAAAUUAUCAAAACAAGAGAUAACAACAGAAAAUGUACUUGGUUGUGCAUUUGAUGCAACAAUGAAUAUUGUUGGUGAGAAAACAGCAAAAACAUUAGGUACAACGCGAAAUGUUAUCAAUCAAAUACAAAAUCGCGAUAUUCAUGGUGCAGUUCAUUCCAUUGCAAAUGAAUUCUUUCCUGAAUAUGCUACAAAAAUUGAUACUGCUAUGGAGAUUGCAAAUUCAACCGCUCAAAUUCUAUCAGACACAAAUGAUCCUUUACAAGCAUUGAAUAGUCUUUUGAAUAAUAAUAAAUUAAAGUCGCACUUACCUCCAGAAAUUCAAAAAGUCUAUGGUAUAGCUCAAGAGCUACGAACAAUCAUUGACCACAAGGAUAUGGCAAAAGAACGACUCGCGAAGUGUGCAUUACAAUUAGGUGCAUCAUUUUUACCGCCAGAACAUGCCGAGAAGGUAAAUGGAGUCGUUAAUUUAAUCGAUGCAAUUCGUUCUGAUGAUCCACAAAAAAUAUUAGAUCAGUCAUUAAAUGUCGCUGCUACUUUUCUUCCGCCAGAAGUAAAUAAUAUUAUUCAACCAGUCAUACCGGCAUUACGCAAAAAACUUAACAAUGAGAAGAUUAGUUAUGAAGACAUUAUUGAUAUUGCUGGUUCCCACAUUGGUGAAAAAGGGCAGCAAAUACUUAAUGGUGCUAAACCUUUAGUGUCAGCAUUAAUAAAUGGAAAGCGUCUGUCGGGUGGCCAAUAUCUCGAUCUUAUUGAUACUGCGAUGACUGCCAUGGGUGUCAAUAAAGAAGUAGUCAAUAUCGUUCAAAAAGCUAAAGCUGUCUACAAAAAUCUGCGUCAAAUUCAACAAGGCGUGUCAGCUCUUAUGAAAGCAACAACACUAUCUUCGAAAGUGGCGCAAAUUAGUUCAAUUACAUCGACUGUAUUAGCAUUGCUCAGUGAACUUAUACCUAAUUUGCCAGAAUCUGUCAAAACAGCUAUUGAUAUAAUUAGUGGAAUUGCUAUGCUAUUAGCCGCUGCAAACCCAGUUGGACUUGUAUUAGCAGGAAUUGGCUUAGUGUUCUCUGUCUUCAAGCUAUCUAGUGAAAUGGGAAGUGGAUGCAGUGGUGGCAGCGACGGUGUCAGCACCAGUGGUAAAGGAGGAAGUAGUGCAAGUAGUGCUGGUGCUGGUGGAUGUGGCAGAAAUGGAAACAGCAGUGGAGGAAGUGGUGGUGCGAGGGCCAACAGUAGAGGAGGUAAUUGUGGUGGUGCUGGUGGUGCUGGUGGAGGCAGCGGUACUAGUGCAAGCACCGGCAAAGGUAGUACAAGCAGCGGAGGUAGGGUUGUUGCUAGUUCACGUAUCGGAAAAGGUGGUGGUGGAAGCACUAGGCCUAGUGCAAGUAGUGGAGGUAGCAGUGGCACCAGAGCAAGCGGUGGAGGUAGUGGUAAUGCCAGUACAAGUACCGGGAAAGGUAGUGGUGGUAGUAGCAGUAGCGCCAGGGGAGGUAGUAUUGGAGCGAGCGGUACCUUUGAAGCCACAGAAUCAAUAUCGUAUGAGUCUGCUGUUCCAGCAAGUCCUUCAUUGAUGGAUGAAACAAGUGCAGAGGUAACAGAAGCAGCAAAAAACAAAAUAGAAACACUCGCAUCAGACGCAGCUAAAUUGAAUGAAGAAUCAGAAGCACAAGUAUCAAAUAUAGUUAAACAAGACGAAUUAUUGUUACCAGAAACAAUCACAUGUUUAGCAACAGCUACUAAAAUUAACAAUAAAAUUCAAGCAACUAUGAAUGCUAUUCAGCAGAUGGCAGCAAACAAUAUGCGAAGAGAAAUAGAUAGCCUAGCCAAAACGACCUUACCCAAGGUUAUUCAAACAUCGUUACAAUUAUAUCAAUCAUUGGAGUUCAUUGAAUCCUGUUCAGGUGAUAUCGAUGGUCAUAUAAAACGAAAAUGUCAAGAAAUACAAAGAGACUUAAUACAAGUUUUGGAUAAAUUAAGUGCAUCAGAAUCCUUGCGUAAAUCGUGGAAACUCAGUAAGAAAAAUGAAUUAGUGGAUGAUUAUGAUAUACCCGAAGAUGGUCAUGGCUCGGAUUUGAAUUAUCAAGGACAAGGUCAACACCAGCCAACAAAUUUGGAUAAUAUUAAACAGCUCUUACAAGGAUUUGAAGAUUCAAAAUUUGAACAAGGUGAAAUAAUGGGUGAUCCAAUAUUACACAAGUUAGGUAUUCGUCUCGAUAAUCUUCUGGCAAAUUACGACAGUGAUUUGAACGCAGCUCUCGAUGAAAAUAAUGAAGACACAGAAAAAAAUAAAGAUUCAUCUACAUCGCGAGCGGAGCGUCGAACAACUGCUAACCGUGACGUAGUCCUAGAGAUUGAUGAUCGCGAAGAAGUGACAAAAGAUGGACCAGAAAAUUUAUCAACAUUCAAAGGAGACACUAAACCACCUGGAGUUAUCCGUGUGGAAUUUGGUCACAGUAAAGAUGGAAGUCCACCACUAGAUAAAAUGCCACCAGAAAAAGGGAGCCCAAAAGUAACUAUCAGUAAACAACAAUUAGAACUCCUUCAAAAGCGAUCAGCCGACAUGUAUGCCAGUCUUUUACAAUCUGCUAAUAAAUGUGGUAUUGGAACUAUUACUGAACAUUGUGACCCAGAGCAUUUACCAGAAACAGCAUUGGAUAAACCACGAUAUGCUAUAUUAGCUCGUCUUACGCGAAAUAUUCAAUUAAUGUUAUUAACUCGCUUACGUUCAGCAUUAAAAGAGCAAUACGAAAAACAACAAACAACAGCUAAUGAUGAUUUGCAAUUUGAAUUUAUUUUCUGUGUUGAUAAUAGUGGAAGUAUGAGUGGUAAGAAAAUACGUGAAGCAUUAAAUACAUUAGUUAUUCUUCUUGAAACAUUUCAUCGGCUUGAAUGGAAAUUUGGUGUUGUUCGAUUUGGUGCCGAACAAAAAAUACUUAAACCACUCGGUCAUGAAUCAAUGCAUAGCUUGGUAUCGACAACUGAUUCAACAAUAAACACUACUCAAAGUCUUCAACAAUCAGUACUAGCACGUGGGCAAUACAUUCUUGAAUCGUUUACAACUGAUGAAAAAACACUACCAGCAACAGCAUUGAAACAAAUUGCUACACAUAAAGAUUUAUAUAAAAGUCCAAUUAAACCAAAUGUCAAACGAUUUAUUAUUAUGAUUACCGAUGGUAUUUCAUCUCAAAAUGAAACUGAAUUGUUCACGAAUCAAUUAAAUCUUGCAAAAGCCGAACUUUAUAUGGUUUGUAUUAUUCCAGAAUUGCCAAAACCUAAUGAUACAAAAUUUUCAAAUGAGUAUAGACAAUUUGCUAUUGAACAUGAGAAAAAGGCUAAAGAAUUCAUACAACGUAUAGCACCAGAUCGAAAUCGACUUAUUGAAACUGGACAACUGGAUACUUUAACGAAAACAGUUGUCGAUGAUCUUUUCCAUAUGAUCCAACAAUCGAUUGCUCUUCAUGGUAAUCGAACUCUUGAUACGUCAAAAGCAUCCGAUGCAUCAACCGCAAAAACUGCAACUAAAUUUCAUCCAUUGAAUUCAUUUAUUCUAUCUCAUGUUAAAGAUGUUGAAUUAUGGAAACAUCCUGAGAUUUCUCAUACCGGUCAAUUUUAUGUAAAUGAUUUUAGAGAAAAACUUGAACGACAAACAUUUCAACAACAAAUAAAUAUCGAUUUUACAUCUUCUUCAGAUGAAUUUAUUAAAAAUUUCGAUGACACACUAGAUGCACUCGAGAAAAGUUAUUCGAAUUUAGACACACAUGAUGCUAUACUCACACAAACAGAUAAAACUCUUCAACAAAUCGAGCAACAACUUGAAAUAUAUAUUGGUGAAUUAGUACGUACCAUGGAAGAUUAUGUUCUUCCAGCAUAUAAACCAACACAAUCAUUACCAGAUACGCGAGGAAGUCGAUUAUAUAUACCGGGUAUUGUUAAAUUUAUUUGUACACAAGGACAAUACAAUCGAAUCUAUUUAAAUCAAAUCGGUUCACAAAAACCCGAAUAUCGUAUUGCAAUACUUCUUGAUCAAUCUGUUUCCAUGACUGGUCCUACGUAUUUUUCAUCUGUAGAUAUUUUAAUUUCCAUUUGUGCAGCAUUGAAUAAAAUUGGUAUUGAAGAUUUCAAUGUUUUAACAUUUGGAAAACAAAUAGAAUUAGUUAAAAGUUAUAAACAAAAAUACGAUCGUUUAUUUGUACAUCACCUUCUAAAUUCACUAAAAAUUGAUGGUGAAACAACUUUAUUAAGUGAUGCUAUAUUUGCAGCGACUGAAUUAUUACAACAGCAAGCAUCAUAUAAUAAUAACCAUGGACCAAUGUUUAUUUUUGUUCUCACCGAUGGUUAUGAUAAACGAGGUAGUUUUAUACAAAAUGUUAUUGCUUAUGCUGAACAACGUUCAGUAACUGUUAUUGGAAUUGGUAUUGGUUUAGAAUCGAAUGGUGUUUCUUUAGCAUUCAAUGAUUGGAUUAUUGCACAAAAUCCACGUUUACUUUGUGAUGCACUUGUUAGUUGGUCGAAUGAACAAAGUGAUGGAGAAAAACCUUAUGAUUCCUUUCAUGCAGAUAAAACAUCAGAAAUCCGAGGAGAAGGUGGUAAAACGUAUUCAACGACAGAUCAAGUAUGGACUGAAGAAAUGAAGACGCAUUUUGAUGCGAUUACACAAAAUGCAAAACGUAGUAUUGAUUUAACAUUUUCCAAUAGUGUUCACAAUUCACCAUUGACAGUUGAAAUUUGUUUCGUUUUGGAUUGUACAGGUUCAAUGGGAAGUUGGAUUCAAGCAUGUAAACAACAUAUUAAAGCUAUUGCUGAUGGAAUACAAAAAGAUAUGAAAGAAAAAUAUGAUAAAGAUAGUGUUUUACGUAUGGCAUUUGUUGCUUAUCGUGAUUAUACGGAUUCAAAUCGUUUUGAUUUAAUUGAUUUCCAUCAAACACCUAACAUCGGACCAGUUGAAGCUAAAAUUGCAAGUCAGCGAGCUAGCGGUGGUGCCGAUGAAUGUGAAGAUGUUCAAGGUGGCUUAGAAAAAGCAUUACAAUUAAGUUGGGCAAAGGACAAGAGUUCACGUGCAGCACAGAUAUUAGUUUGGCUCGGUGACGCUCCUGGCCAUACGCCAUUCUGUAGUGGUGGUGCUGGUGAUAGCUACCCAGGCGGUUUACCCGAUGUUCCUUUGAUGGCCGAUCUUAUCAAUAAAAUCAAGGAUCGUGGAAUAUUUCUAUUACUCUCUGAUUUCACUGCUAAUGUUCAAACGAUGAUAGAAAACAUUGAAAAAAUAUAUCGAGAUGAUAAAAAAGAAGCUCAAGUUAAACGAGUCAAAUUGAAUCAAGCCGAUACAUCAUCAUUAUUGAGCGAAGUUAUGCAACAAGUCAACACGAUUAUUGCCAGUGAAUUUAUGUAA